AUGAUGCUCAUCCUCAAAUCCACGGUGUCAAAGAUUGGUCGAGGGAUUCCUGUGGCUGUGAAGGCAAUCGGAUGCGGGACGUUUGCACUUAGUUGUGGAUAUGGUGGAUUCAAAUUUGCUGCUAUGAUAUUGCCCAGUCUUGUAGCUCGCGAUGCACAACGUGAAGAGAGGUUAAAGGCUUGUGUGGAGGGGAGCAAAGAAAACAUAAGGAAGCUAGAGAAGAAGAACAAAGAGAAGCUUCUAAAGGGCACAAACAAGUACAGGCAAGUAUCUGAAGCCGUGGAGGAAGCUGUGAAGAGUUUAGAAACUGAACUGUGUGGUCUUCCAUCGGGGAAGCUUCAGGGAAACGUAAACAGGUUUACUGAUCUUCCAUCGGCGAUGCGUAGAGGAAACGUGAACAGGCUUCAAAAUGCUCAAAAAGUGAAGAAUCUUUGCUCUUCUGCUUUGAAAUCCUUACAAGAUACACCGCUUCAUGAUCGUCCUGCACUACCUUGUAAGAUGAAAGGAUCAACGAAGAUGAGCUUCGAGGAUGUUCACGCGACUUCGCUCACUCUGGUUCUUGCUUCCGGAGAAGAAUCUUCUUCAUCACCUGGAAACAUCAUUCAUCACAGGAUAUGGCAUCGUAAGGUCUCAGAGAAAGAUUACCCAAAGGACUUGACUUGUGCAUUGGUGUCUCCAAACACAAGGUUUCUUGUCUCUGGACUGACUCCGGAAACAGAGUAUUGCUUCAAAGUUGCUUCCUUUAGCGGCACCAGAGAAUCAGGCGUAGAUGAAACCAAAGUCUCUACAAAAGCCCUUGAAGAAGAAGAAGAAGAAGAAAAGGAAGCAACUUUAAGCAUAGAAGCAGAAGAGAAGCCAGAGGAGAAGAAGGUGGUGAAUGGUGAGAAAUCAGCAAGCUGCGGUAGUUUCGGGUUGGGGCAAUGGGUGAAGAUCAUGCGACAGCUUGAGGUUUCAGGUUACGUUGACAAGGAUUUCAGAAAGAAGUUUCUGACUUGGUAUAGCUUGAGAGCGACGGCACAGGAGAUACAUGUUGUCAAGACAUUCGUUGAUGUCUUCAAGGACGAUUCAGAAGCUCUUGCUGAGCAGCUCGUUGACACAUUCUCUGACUGCAUAUCGAGAAAGCGUUCUCCAGACGGCGGUGGAUGUAGCGGUGCGUCUGCGGUGGUCUCUGCUGGUUUCUGUAUGAAGCCGAGGCACUGA